GCUUUUUAUUUUCUUCCUGUCUCGAGUAUUGCAUCAUUCAUGCUAACACGACGCGUCUUCUAUUUGAUUCCAGCCCAAGGCAAUCAAAUCAGCUCUUUAUUGCAAUGAUCCUUGCCCUUCUACAAGAAUAAAAAACAACGACAGUAGCAACGGCAAUAGCAGCAGUAAGAGCAGAAGCAAGAAUAGCUCUGCUACUAAUGUUCGGAUUCCAAAAGUUCCUGAUACAGCUCGUGAUCGGGAACGUCGUUAUCGCAUGCAACUCGCCAAUAUGGGUAUGUUCCCAAAAUUGAACCCUGAAAUCAAGCAAUUUACACGUCCUUUGGAUAAAUCCAUCGCCAAAAAAUUGUAUAAAUUUGCAAGUCAAUACUGUCCUGAGACUCGAGCUCAAAAAAAGAGUCGCUUGAAGCUGCUCGAUAAAUCUUUUACACAAAGCCCUCAAAGGGAAGGAACUUUUAUAAACAAUGAGGCAUUGAUCAGCAGACCUGAUAUAAGUCUAAAAACUUGUGGCAAUGAAAGACAAGGACAUGAAGAAGGAGAAGGCGAAGGUUUUGAGCAUGGGAAUGAGGUAGUUCAAGAUCCUUCUUUUUCUUCGACUCUUUCCAUCCCGUCAUCCUCCGAUAAACAUAGCAGUGACAAAGACAAACCUUACUUCCUCAAGUUUGGCAUCAAUCAUAUUGAAGAUCUUAUCAAGACCAGUAAAGCCACUCUCAUCAUGUUAGCCUAUGAUACCGACCCUGUGGAUCUUGUUCUUCAUAUACCUGCACUCUGUCGAAAACACCAUAUCCCCGUUGCAAUCGUGGAUGGAAAGCUUCGUCUUGGGACUCUCAUUCACAAGAGGCAAACAGCAGCUGUUGCAUUCACCAAUAUUCGUGACCAGGACAUAGAUUUAUUUCAGGAGUUAGUCUCCAAAAUCAAAGAAGAUUAUGAGAAGAAUCGCACAACCCAAACAUCCACUGCGAAUCCUUUGAAUUUGUUUACGACGGCCAGACUGAACCAACUUUAUUCAAGCAUUUUACCGAUCUGAUUUCUUUUCCA